AUGUGUCCUUCUGCCUUUGUACCUGCCUGCUGCCUGCCUACUGUAGGCCGAAGGAAUCACUAUGCCUACUACGCCUAUCGGCAUCAAGAAGACGGGUCCGACUCGCGGGACAAACCAAAGCUGUACCGUCUUCAGCACAGCAUAACCGAGGUCGGUUCGGACUGCACCGACGACGGAGCCAUCCAGCUGCUCGGCCCGGGGGUCCUGCCCCACCACUGCAACCUGAUGCACAGCGAAGGAAUGGUGACCGUGACGCCGCACGGCCCCGACGCCGACACCUUUGUUGACGGACAGCGCGUCACCGAGACAACGGUGCUGCGCUCGGGCUCCACCCUCCAGUUCGGUUCUGCGCACGUCUUUAAGUUUGUGGACCCCAUGUACGACCAGGGAGGGGGGAGAGAACCAGCCGCCCUGAUGAGAAGCCGACACAAGUCUGGCAGCGUACCAGAAACCACCUUCGACCUUCACGGAGACGUCCACAGUGGAGCGGCCCUGCCUACCAGCAAGUUUUAG